AUGGGGUUUCAUAUGGCUGGAAACGUGCGUAAGAAGAUGCCACCUCUUGCAACACUGCACGUAUUAGACGUCAACCACGAAGCAUGCGAGGAUUUUAAACUCAAGUUCGAUGCCUACGGGCCCGUCAAAAUCGCUAAUUCAGCGAGAGAACUGGCUAGUCAAUCCUCGACAGUGAUCUCGAUGGUUCCUAUGGACGAGCAUGCGCGAUCCGUAUAUUUGGACCCAGAUACGGGCAUUAUUGCCGCUACCACUGACAGUGAUCGUUUGAUACUGGAAAGCAGUACGAUAAGCAUAGGCACCACCCAAGAAAUUGGGCGGCAGAUCAUGGGCUCUGGAGCAGGGUACUACAUUGACACACCGGUUUCCGGAGGGGUUCGUGGUGCGGAAGCAGGAACUCUAUCGUUUUUCUUAGGCCACUCUGUUCGCACAGAUUCCAUCACACAGCGUAUCCGUGAAACAGUCUCAUGGAUGGGUGCUGCAGAUCGUAUCAACUUCUGUGGCAGCCUUGGUGAUGGACUAGUAUGCAAGAUCGUGAACAACUACAUUGCAUUGACAAACAUAGCUGUGGCUGCGGAAGGUCUAGCGUUUGGGCUGCGACACGGAGUUGACAAGAACAUACUAUAUCAAUCUGUUAAGGGCUCGAGUGGCGACUCAUGGGCUCUGAACUUUUCCAAUCCAGUCCCAGGUAUCGUUCCGGAAAGUGCUUCGAGCAACGGGUUCAAAGCUGGCUUCACGUCACGACUAUGCGCCAAAGACAUCGCACUGGGCAUCAAAGCAGCACACAGUGUUGGUAUCAACCCGAGGAUGGGGGAGAUAUCGGUAGACUAUUUCGAGAAGGUGGAUCAAGAUCCACAGACCACGGGUCUUGACGGUUCGUCUGUAUGGCUUUAUAUCAAUAAUGAAUCAAAGGGCUUCACAAGAGCCCAGCAGUAG